CGGCACGCGUAGGGAGAGGCAUUAUGAAUGACAGAUUGAGGAGUGAAUCGAUCUUCUGUUCCUGCGUGCCAGAUUCCACACAAACCCUAGACACUCUCACCGUGGGAGCUGCUCACCCAUCAACUUCGCGCUCCCACGAUCUACUCACGACCCCAUUGAACACCCUGUAGCCGGCCGCACUCACGCUCGUCACAUUCCCGCAAUCACAGAUCUUCUCCGAGCCCUUCACCUUCUUCACCUUAGGGAUUGCGCGUUCGUGCGCCGCAUUUCUUCACCAUGUCGGGCGGUUCGAAUAUGUUCCUGUACUCGCUGUCGAUUCUGCAGCCCUCCGCCGUGACGCAGGCAAUCCUAGGCUCUUUCAGUGGCAAGAAACAACAAGAGAUAGUUGUGGCUCAGGGCUCGCGACUAUCGCUCUUCCGACCAGACGCCACCCAAGGGAAGGUCCACGAGGUGCUGACGCACGAUGUCUUCGGAAUCAUCAGGUGCAUGGCGGCCUUCAGGUUGGCAGGAAGCUCCAAAGACUACAUCAUUGUCGGUACGGAUUCGGGACGUAUCACGAUCCUCGAGUACCAGCCACAAGUCAACAGAUUCCAUCGCCUCCAUCUGGAGACCUUCGGAAAGUCGGGCGUGCGGCGCGUCAUCCCCGGACAGUACCUCGCGUGCGAUCCGAAAGGCAGAGCGUGUCUCAUUGCGUCGGUGGAAAAGAACAAGCUUGUAUAUGUGCUGAACCGAAAUGCUCAGGCAGAGCUUACAAUCUCGAGCCCUCUGGAAGCUCACAAACCUCACUGUUUAGUGUUCGCGCUGACGGCAUUGGACGUCGGUUACGAGAAUCCGGUCUUCGCGGCACUGGAGGUAGAGUACGGCGAGUCGGAUCAGGAUUCUACAGGACAGGCGUACGAUGAGAUCGAGAAAAUGCUGGUGUACUACGAACUGGAUUUGGGAUUGAAUCACGUUAUCCGGAAAUGGUCGGACCCCGUGGACAGGAGUGCAAACAUGCUGUUCCAAGUUCCCGGGGGGGCUGAUGGCCCAUCCGGAGUCUUGGUGUGCGCGGAGGAUUGCAUCUACUACAGGCACGUGGGACGUCUGGCUUCGCGAGUGCCAAUUCCGAGGAGGAGAGGUGCUACCGAAGAUCCGAACCGGAAACGAACCAUUGUGUCGGGUGUCAUGCACAAAAUGAGAGGCGCCUUUUUCUUUCUGCUGCAGACGGAGGAUGGCGAUCUGUUCAAGGUUACACUAGACUACGACGACGACAUCGGAGUUUCGCGAAUCAGAAUCAAAUACUUCGAUACCGUACCAGUGGCCACGAGUUUGCUUAUUCUCAAGAGCGGUUUCCUGUUUGUGGCCUCGGAAACGGGCAACCAUAACUUUUACCAGUUCGAGAAGUUGGGCGAUGAUGACGAGGAGGCGGAAUUCAACAGUGAAGAUUUUUCGCCUGACCCCUCGGACUCAUACCAGCCGUGCUAUUUCCAAAUCCGCGCUCCAGAGAAUCUGUCCCUGGUGGAAUCCAUGCACAGCAUGAACCCCCUGCUUGACUGCAAGGUUGCGAAUUUGACGGACGAAGAUGCCCCCCAAAUCUACACGGUAUGUGGUGGCGGCGCUCGCUCGACUUUCCGGAUUUUGAAGCACGGAUUGGAGACAACGGAAAUUGUGGCUUCGGAGCUUCCAGGUGUGCCGAGUGCCGUCUGGACCACAAAGUUGACGAGCAGUGAUGAAUUCGAUGCUUAUAUCAUUCUUUCUUUUAAUAAUGGAACUCUCGUGUUGAGCAUCGGGGAAACAGUCGAGGAAGUGACAGACACCGGCUUUCUGUCGUCGGCACCUACUCUCGCGGUCCAGCAGCUUGGCGACGACGGACUUCUCCAAGUCCACCCCAAAGGUAUCCGGCAUAUCCGUGCCGACCGAAGAGUUAACGAGUGGCCUGCUCCGCAACACAGAUCCAUUGUGGCGGCGACGACCAACUCCCGUCAGGUCGCCGUGGCCCUUUCCAGUGGUGAAAUCGUAUACUUUGAGAUGGACUCGGAUGGCCAGCUUGCCGAGUACGAGGAGAAGAAAGAGAUGGCUGGCACAGUAACGUGCCUGUCGCUUGGCGAGGUGCCUGAGGGGAGGUUGCGGUCGUCAUACUUGGCUGUUGGAUGUGACGACUCGACCGUUCGUAUCUUGUCCUUGGAUCCGGAUUCUACGUUGGAGUCGAAAUCGGUACAGGCUCUGACAUCUGCUCCUUCGGCGCUGUGUAUCAUGUCAAUGCCGGACUCUGCCUCCGAAGUGUCUAAGACAUCUACGUUGUACCUCCACAUCGGAUUGUACAGCGGUGUUUACCUGCGGACCGUGCUUGACACUAUCACAGGCGAACUUACCGACACCCGGACCCGAUUCCUUGGACCAAAGCCGGUGAAAAUCUCACCAGUAGUGGUUCAAGGACAGCCCGCAGUAUUGGCCCUGAGUUCACGCCCGUGGUUAGGUUACAAUGACAGCCGAGGACAGUACAUGCUGACGCCGCUCACCUAUCCGGCGUUGGAAUGGGGUUGGACCUUCAGCAGCGAGCAGUGUCCGGAAGGAAUGGUCGGAAUUCAGGGCCAGAACUUGCGGAUUUUUGCAGUCGAAAGACUCACCGAAAACCUUCAGCAAGAGACUAUUCCUCUCUCUCACACUCCUCGGAAAAUGAUCAAGCACCCCGAUCAGCCUUACUUCUACACGGUUGAAGCGGAUCCCAACACCCUCUCCCUCGCCACAAAGCAGAGUUUGAUUGAGAAGGCGAAUGGUGCCCCGAACGGCGAUAGAGCUGCAUACGACCUUCCCGCCGAAGACUUUGGUUACUCGCGAGGAGAAGGGCACUGGGCAUCGUGCAUCUCCGUUAUUGAUCCGUUGAACAAGGAGGUCACACAAAAGAUUGAGAUGACUGAGAACGAGGCAGCGUACAGUAUUGCCAUCGUCCCGUUUGCUUCCCAGGACGACCAAACCUUCCUUGUGGUUGGCACUGGAAAGAAUUCCGAGGUUGUCCCACGGAAGUCUCAGUGCGGAUUCAUCCACAUCUACCGAUUCCUUGACGACGGAAAGGGUCUGGAGUUCGUUCACAAGACUAAGACCGACGAGCCAGCGCUUGCGCUAUUAGGAUUCCAGGGACGUCUCCUUGCUGGUACCGGAAAGAGUCUCAAAAUCUACGACCUGGGAAUGCGACAACUCCUCCGAAAGACACAGGCUGACAUCGCCGCCAACCUGAUUGUCGGCCUUCAAACCCAGGGUUCGAGAAUCAUCAUCUCAGAUAUCCAGGAGUCGGUUACGUAUGCGGUAUACAAGUACCAAGACAACAAAAUCAUCCCUUUCGCCGAUGACAUGAUCUCUCGCUGGACGACCACGACGCACAUGCUCGACUACGAAUCUGUCGCCGGCGGUGACAAGUUUGGCAACUUCUGGAUCCUGCGAUGCCCGAAGAAGGCCUCGGAAGAAUCCGACGAAGACCCUGCCGGUGGUCACCUUCUGCACGAACGUUCCUACCUGCAGGGUACUCCGAACCGACUCGAGCUCAUGGCCCAUUUCUUUACACAGGACAUUCCGACGAGUGUGCAGAAGGCGCAGCUUGUGGCGGGAGGCCGCGAGGCAAUCGUGUGGACUGGUCUCCAGGGUACAAUCGGACUCAUGGUGCCGUUCGUCAGCAAGGAGGAUGUCGACUUUUUCCAGACGCUUGAGCAGCACAUGAGGACCGACGAUGCGCCCCUUACCGGUAGGGACCAUCUCAUCUACCGGGGAUACUAUGUUCCGGUUAAGGGAGUCGUGGAUGGAGAUCUUUGCGAGCGCUUCUCGCUACUGCCGAGAGACCGGAAGGCGGUGAUCGCAGGAGAACUGGAUAGGACAGUAAGGGAUGUGGAGCGUAAGAUUGCGGACAUGCGGAGUAGGGUUGCGUACUAGUAGACGCGGUUCGGUCGGAGGGAGGAAGCGUGAUGUACUGUAAUGACGGGGAGACGAGUUUUGGGCAUGUGGUUAGUUUGGUUGAUGCGUGUGAUGGAGAGCGACGGGCAAGACACGUGUGAUAUCCUCUUCGGUGGCUGCCGGACAUAAAUAGGUGAUACAUGAAUGAUGAACAUCACAUCUCUGC